AUGGUCCAGGCUGAAUUGGACUUGUUAAACCCGCUUGGAGACGGCGAAGUGAAGCACGGAGAAGGGGCCGAGGGUACUCAAACAAAAAGAAUCUGCACUACAGAGUCAGUGCGUGCGCCCUCACUCUCGGACAUGUUCGAGGAAAUCAUCCAGGAAAGCCACCCAGAUCUCAGGCAGCCGAGUGCCACUGCUCAGCAGCUGGACUGUUACCUGUCAGAAGUCCUGAUCCCCAGGAAUGAUGAUCCUCUAACAUAUUGGAGGACCAAUCGAGGGCGCUUUCCUGAGUUGGCACGGAUGGCACGCAGGUACUUGGCUGCUCCAUGCACAAGCACAGAUAGCGAGAGGCUGUUUAGUGCUGCAUCCAGUGUUCUUGAUGAGAGGAGGAACAGACUGAUAUGUGACAAAGCAGAGAAGUUACUGUUCAUAAAGAAGAACCUGCCACUGUUCCUGAAGGAGUAGGCUAAGUAGACUCUCUGCCAGAAGGACACCCCAUAAUUCAUUUGCGAUUUUGCACGUUGAUGCAUUUUUUUGUUGUUGUUGGAAUGUUUACAGAAGAGGUCCACCUAAGUUCAAAUAGUUUUUUUUAUACAUUUUAUUUGGGGCUUGAUACACAGGUGCAGUGGUUAAUGUUUGGUCUAUAUUUGUCUACCGUCAUACCCCAGGGCAGAACAGAGAGUAAUAUGUUGAGUACAUGAUUCAUACAGGCUGUUUAAGUGUUUGAGUUAAUUAUACACUUGAUUUGGAUUGUGUUGUUUUGGAGUUUUUUGUUUGAAUGCCUUGUCUAAUGAAAAUGGGGGAAAAAAGGAAAUUAAAAAUCAAAUGAACAACUAUUGCCGCUUUUCCACUACAAACGCGGCUGAGUCGGGCUGAGCCGUGCCGUGCUGAGUCGGGCUGAGCGGGGCUGUUGGAGUUGCAUUUCGACUACAACCGCGCUGAACCGUGCUGGCUGGAAGUGGGUGGACACAUUGGGUGGAGUUAGCGAAAGUGGGUGGACGUCAGGUGAUGUCAUUAAGCAGCGCAAACAGUGACAUCAGUGAGCUUUUAAGCGGUAGUCUCACGACCCGAAUAGUAAACAAUAAACAUGGAGGACAUGGAGUCGUUAGUGUUGCUGGUCUUGGUGCUGUGGCUUGUUGUCACCGACAACGCCAACAGAUACUGGCAAGAGCGUAUAGAUGAGGCGAGGCGCAUAAGGCUUCAGAAAUUCUCGUAAUUCUUCUCCUUCCGGGUUUGCGGUGUUUACAGAUCCCAGAGCGCUCGCGGGGCGUGUGUGGGCAUGUGAGGACACUCCUCCUCACCAAUCAGUGCACAGGGGAGUGUCUGCUCACGCCCCCAGCCUCACUCGGCUCGCUUUGGCUCGCUUCAGCCCUACUCCAAAACCGUGCGAGUUUUAGGGGCUAAGCAGGGCUGAAGUGAGCUGAGUCGUGCUGUUUUUUGGUAGUCGAAACGCGAGCCGUGUCGGGCUGAAGUGAGCUGAAGCAAGCUGAAAAAGGGUAGUGGAAAAGGGCCAUAUACCUACUGGCAGUUCUACGGGAACAUUUGAAGACUAUUAAAUAAACAUUUACUUUCUUUGAAAAAACAUGUCUACAAUUAUUUUAGGCUAUUAUGCAAUAUUUAAAAAAUGUAAAACUUAACCGCAUUUGAUAUUCGGUUUCAGUUUCGGUAUUCGGCCAAGCAUUUUAAUUGUUAUUCGGUUUCGGCCACAAAUUUUAAUUUCGGUGCAUCCCUAGUAUAUACAAAUGGUGCAUAUCACAACACAGCAGAAAAACAAAGAAUAUAUAUACACACAACUGGGCGUGUUGAGUUGCAGAUGUUAAUUGCACAUUAGUUAUAGAAACUCAGUUCAGCUACAAAACUCCGGAUAUUGCACUGUAUUUGGUAUUGCAUUGUAUUGGGUAUGGAUGUAAAAGUGUAGAAAUAUAAAAUAUACAAAAGCUAUAAAAACUAAAAAGUUGCUCUGUGAGGUUGCACUAUAAUAAAGUAUUGCACUGUAUCAGGUAAGUGUGAGAAUAUUGUCCUUUUAGGUCCUUGCUGGCGCAUUGUUGCACCUGCCAGAAGUGGCAUCAGUCAGUGCAUGUAACUAGCCUUUUUCACAUUACGUCACUUGCAGAAGAACCUCGCAUCCGUUUUCAGCCUUUUGAAUGGAAGAAGAGGCGGCAUGCUAAUCUGCUGGCUAACAAGUAGCAACCAUAGAAAGUCAGUAAACUUCCUUUCCAAAACAAGGCAGAUAGGUGACUGGAAUGGUCGCUAACAAUACGUAAUGAUAAACAACAAUGCGCAGUAUUAUUAUCAAUCUUAUCUGUGAAUGACAGUUUUGUUAACAUAUGUUGCCGCUGUAUACCUCUUCUUCCGUUCAAAAGGCUGAAAACGGAUAUGAGUUCCCCUGCAAGUGACGUAAUGUGAAAAAGACUAAUUGUUCAAGGUGGUUAUGGCCUGUGGGGAAAAAACUGUUUUUGAGUCUGUUGGUCCUUGCUUUGAUGCACCUGUAACGCCUGCCUGAGGGCAGCAAGUCAAAGAACUCAGAGCCAGGGUGGGAGCUGUCCUUGAUGUUGUUAGCUCUGCUGAGCUCUGCUCUCUGUUUAGCUACUGUUUGUUCAUUCAUUCAGUUGUUCGUUAUUCAUUUGUUUGUUCAUUCAUUCGUUCAUUCAUUCAUUCUCAAUUGAAUUUUGCGUUUUAUGUGUUGGUGUGUCUAAGGUUUGCGCUGCAAUAAACCUUUAAAAUGAAAACCUGCUUGUGCCCCCAUUUUUUUCCCUGU